CCUGAGCAUCAAAGAUAGAGUAAAACUGAUCGGUUGAGAGAACAGAGGGAGAGAUGGGUUUGGAGAUUGAAAAGGGAAGACCAUACAAAGGCCAUGUCGUGUUGGUUCCUUAUCCCAGACAAGGCCACAUCAAUCCCAUGCUCCAAUUCUCCAAGCGCUUAGCCUCCAAAGGCCUCAGGGCCACCCUUGCCAUCACCAAGUUCGUCUCAUCCACCUCCAUUAACCGCCAUCCAUCUGCCUCCAUCCACCUCGAUACCAUCUCCGAUGGACGCGAUGAGGGCCGCCAAGCUGAGAGCAUCAAAUCCUACCUCUCCCAACUCGAAUCAUCUGGUUCAGAAACCCUCUCCAACCUCAUCCUCAAGUACAAAGAAACCGACCACCCGGUUGAUUGCAUUGUCUAUGACUCCUUCCUACCGUGGGCCCUCAAUGUGGCCAGGAAGUUCGGUCUCCUGGGAGCAGUCUUUUUCUCUCAAUCUUGCACUGUGGACUACAUAUACUGCCUUGUUCAUCAUGGGAUCUUGAAGCUCCCAAUACCAACUUUGCUUGUUUCGAUUCCGGGAUUGCCCUCACUCGAGUUAAGGGACAUGCCAUCCUUCAUUUAUGUGGCGGGAUCAGACCCAGAAUACUUCGAGAUGAUGCUGCAUCAGUUCUUGAAUGUGGAUAAGGCUGAUUGGGUUCUCAUUAAUACUUUCUACAAGUUGGAAGCUGAGGUGGUGGAUACGAUGUCGAAAGUGUACCCAUUGAUGACGGUUGGACCCACAAUCCCAUCAAUUUACUUGGACAAACGGGUGGAAAAUGACAGCAAUUACGGGCUCGACCUAUUUGAUCUCGACUCAUCAAAUAUCACCUCAUGGCUUGAGACUCACUCUCCAAGGUCCGUCGUCUUUGUGUCCUUUGGUAGCAUGGCGACACUCAGCACUGAACAGACGGAGGAGCUUGCGUGGGGUCUCCACGACAGUGGCCACCCCUUCCUCUGGGUUGUUAGGGCUUCCGAGAACUCCAAGAUCUCUGAGAAAUUCAAGCUAGCGAUCACAGCAGAGCGAGCAUUGUUGGUGCAGUGGAGCCACCAGCUGGAAGUUUUGUCAAGUGACCGGAUAGGGUGCUUCUUCAGUCACUGCGGGUGGAACUCGACAAUUGAGGCACUGAGCAUGGGGAUCCCAAUGGUGGCGAUGCCGCAGUGGACCGACCAACCCACAGAUGCAAAGUUGGUGGAGGACGUAUGGGUGGUCGGAGUUAGGGUUAGGGUUGGAGAAGACGGGAUCGUGAAGAGGGAGGAGAUUGAGCAUUGCGUAAGGGAAGUGAUGGAGAGCGAGAGAGGGAAGGUGAUGGCUGUGAAUGCUACAAAGUGGAAGGACUUGGCUGUGGAAGCUGUGAGUGAAGAGGGGACUUCAGAUAACAACAUUAACGAUUUCGUUUCCAAGAUCCUUCUCAAAAGAAAAUCCAUAUAAAUUUGGGGUGCAAUAAGGAGAGACAAGGGAAAUAAAUCACAUAUAGGUAUAUAUAUAUAUAUAUAUAUAUAUAUAUAUUAUAUAUAGUGUGUGAUUCAAUAUUAUAUCUGCAGUACAAUUUGUGGGUUGUAUUAGACCAUUAACACUAUUUUAAUAAGAUUUAUGAAAUGAAAUUUGAUGGUACAGUACAUCAGAAGAGUCAUUAAAGAGUGUACCCCUUCCAUUAUUUAG